AUGGGUUUCCCCCUAAAUGAACAAUUACCAAAUGUUGGAAGAAUUAAUCAAGAUUAUUCCUUUACCAUUGCAAAUACAACUUAUAAAUCAAAUUCAAAUGGUCAAAUAUCUUAUCGAGUUGAAAAUUUACCUUCUUGGUUAUCAUUUGAUGAAGCGUCCAGAACUUUUUAUGGAAAACCGCAAGAGGAAAAUGUUGGUGAAUUUCAAAUAACUUUAAUUGGUACCGAUUCAACUGAUCAAUCUCAAAUGAUAAAUAAUUAUACGAUGUUGGUUUCAAAUGAUAGUGGUUUAUAUUUAACUUCUCAAUCCGCAAUUUUUCAACAAUUGACAAAUUAUGGUCAAACUAAUGGCAUUAAUGGUUUAGUGGUAAAACCGGGAGACCAAAUUGAUUUGAAAUUUGAUACCGAUAUUUUUGAAAGUUAUUCUUCUAGUGAUCGUCCAAUCAUUGCAUAUUAUGGAAGAUCUCAAGAUCGUUCUUCAUUACCAAAUUGGAUCACUUUUAAUUCUGAAAAUAAUUCAUUUAGUGGUACAGCUCCUUAUGUUACAAGUGAAAAUGCUCCAAGUUAUGAAUAUGGUUUUAGUUUUAUUGCUAGUGAUUAUUAUGGUUAUGCUGGUGCUGAAGGUGAUUUUAAAAUUAUUGUUGGUGGUCAUCAAUUAAGUACUUCGAUUAAUGAAACUAUUAAAGUAAAUGGUAGUUAUGGAAAACAAAUUGACGAUGAAGUUCCAGUAUAUUCAAGUGUUUAUCUUGACGGUACCCGAAUUUCUUCUGGGAAUAUUUCAAAUGUUUAUUCAGAAGAUUUACCUGAUUAUUUACAAUUGAAUAAUAUUACAUUAACUGGUCAAUUUUCAAACACUUCAACAUUUGAUAACUUUUCAAUAAUAAUUGCUGAUGUUUAUGGAAAUCAAGUUGAGAUACCUUAUUCAUUUAAUUCAUUAGAUUCGAUAUUUACAAUUUCAAACUUAAAUGAUGUUAAUGCUACAAGAGGUGAAUUUUUUGAAUAUGAAAUUUUACAAUCUUUAUUUACCGAUUAUAAUGAAACAAAAAUUGAUGUUGAUAUCGAUUCGAAUUGGUUAACUUAUGAUGAAUCGAAUAUGACCUUAUAUGGUAUGACUCCGAAAGAUUUUAAUUCAUUAGAGGUGAAAAUAAAUGGUGAUUUAAAUGAUGAAGAGGAGACCAAACUGUUUUAUAUUAGAGGAAUCGACCAGGUUACAACUACAAGUUUUACUUCAAGUUCCAGCUCAAGUGCAACUAGUUCAAGUAGUACCUCAACAUCAUCAGCAUCAACUACAACAUCAUCUACCACCACCACAAGUUCAGCACCUGUUUCCAGAAGUUCAAAAAAUAAAGCAUUAGCUAUUGGUCUUGGUGUUGGUAUACCAGUAUUUGUCAUUGGCGUUGCUGCAUUUAUAUUCCUUUGUUGUUGUCUUAAACGUAGAAAACAAAAAGAUCAAGAGAAAUCAUUUGAUGAUGAAGCUACUACUACAAGUAACAAUGGUUUAGCAUUACCAAUUGAUCCAAAAGAAGAUUCAGCAAGUGUUAAUGUAAUGAAAUUGGAUAAAAUUAAUGAUUCAAGAUCUUCAACAUCAUCAUUAACUCAUGUGGAAUCAAGUGAAGAUGAUUAUUAUGAUGCCCAACAACAACCAGUUAAAUCAUGGAGAGCAAAUACAGAAUCAGAUGAUAAAGUAUCGAAACAUAUAAGACAAAGUGAUGCAUCAAUGUCAACAGUUAAUACAGAACAAUUAUUUUCAGUUAGAUUAGUUGAUGAUCAAAGUUAUAGAAAUUCAAAUUCAUCAUCACAGUUAUUAAGCUCAAAUUCAAUAAAUGGAAUGUUAAAAAGAGACGAUUCAACUUACAAUAUUCAAAGAUUAGAUAGUGAAGGAAAUAUAGUUGACCUUAAACAUAAUUCACAAACAUUAUCAAACUUAGAUAUAGUUCCAGAAGAACAUCAUCAACAAAGAGACGAAACAAACGGAAGUAUAAGUAAUUUAUUAUCAAAAUUUAAUGAACAUACACCAUCAAAUUCUUCAAGUGAACAUGAUGAAUUAAAUGUAUUAUCAAAUGCUGAAGAAACUCCUAAAAAUCAAGUUAUGAAUUCACAAUUGAAUUUUUCAAAUUUAUCAAUUGGUUCACAAAAUUCAGGAAAAUUUAGAUAUGAUGAAUCAGCAACUGCUAAAAAUAAUAUCAAUAUUGAUAAAUUGGCUAAAUUGGUCGAUUUUACAAGAAAGGCAAGUUUGAGAGAAAGUGCACAUGAACCUGAUUAUCAUCACAAAGAAGAAUCUGCAACUAUUCAUGAUGAUAGUGAUUAA